GGGAAGUCUCGAACUCCAUCUCCCAGGAUCCUCUGUGAUUUUAGGUGCCAAGAUGUCAUAAUGAAGUCUAUUUCCCGGCAUCUCGCACGGUCGCGGUCCGUGACGUCAAAGGCGUUAGUUGAGACUUUCUAUUCCUUGGAACUCUCUUCUCUCCUUCCUCCUGUACCCGCCCUUCCCCCCAAGAGUAAGGACGCCACUUCCUGGCAUUCCUUAGGGCCACAGUACUGCCCAGAAACCUGGACCCUUUAGGCGUUCUCAGCGCCCUCGCUUCACUCAGUCACCGAGACAGCGCGUGGACGCUGUUUCCCAGGAUAUCCGAAGCAGGGUUGGGGGGCGGGGGAGGUCUCUGUUGUAUCAGCGUCCUGAGAGCGCGCGCAGACUGCAUUUCCCGACAUCCUUCAGGGCUCUCCCGUCUUUGCUCCGCAAGUCCCUUUGGAACCAAUGACGUUGCUUCUGCGGCAGAGCGAGGACUCCAUUUCCCGUCAUGCGCUUCGGGCCGUGCCCCUUCUCGCUCCCGAUGUCGAGCGGCCGCUGACUCCAUUUCCCAGUACGCUUCGCGGAGUCGGGGCGGCCGUGUGAGCGUGCGCGAACUGCAUUUCCCGGCGAGCCCCGCGGCGCGGAGCCGGAGCCGCAGCCGCAGCGGGAGCCGGAGCCGGAGCCGGAGCCGGAGCCGGAGGCCGGAGCGGCCGCGGCCUGGAGCGGAGCCGGAGCCCAGUCCAGCCCGGCCCGGCCGGGGCCCCGGGGAGCAGCGCGGCGGCCUCUGAGGCGCCAUGAGCGGCGGAGCCCCGGCGGGCGGCGGCGGCGGCGGCAGCGACGGCGUCUCGGGCCGGGCCCGGAGCAGCUCGUUCGUAGAGCCGGGGCCGGCGGGGCCCGGGCCGGGGCCGGGCGGAAGCGGAUCAGGCCCCGGCCCCGUCGCCUCCAAGGCAGGCGGCCCGGCCCCCGCCCCGGCCCCGCCAGCCCCGGCGCCAGCCUCGGGCCCGGGCCCCGGUCCUGCCCCCGGCCCCAUUCCUGGUCCCGGCCCCGGUGGCUCGGGGACCGGCGGCGGUGUUGCAGGGCCCGUAAACGUGGCCUUGGCCUCGGGCUCUGGAGGCGGCGGCGGCGGCGGCUCGAGCUUCCCACCACCCGCCGUGAAACUGGGCCGUGCCACUAAGGGGGCUGAAGCUGUAGAGGUCAAAAGUCACCGGCCAGAAGUCUUGUCUCAGCCUUUUCCCCCCAACAGUGACAGUGGGAAAGUGACCACGGUGAUGGCGACCUUGGGGCAGGGGCCGGAGCGUUCCCAGGAGGUGGCCUAUACUGACAUUAAGGUGAUCGGCAACGGCUCCUUUGGCGUGGUCUACCAGGCCCGCCUGGCCGAGACCGGGGAGCUGGUGGCCAUCAAGAAGGUGCUGCAGGACAAGAGGUUCAAGAAUCGGGAGCUACAGAUCAUGAGGAAGCUGGACCACUGCAACAUCGUACGGCUUCGUUAUUUCUUCUACUCCAGCGGGGAGAAGAAGGACGAGCUCUACCUGAACCUGGUGCUGGACUUUGUGCCUGAGACCGUCUACCGGGUGGCCCGGCAUUUCACCAAGGCCAAGCUGACCAUCCCAUCCAUCUAUGUCAAGGUGUACAUGUACCAGCUUUUCCGGAGCUUGGCCUACAUCCACUCGCAGGGCGUAUGCCACAGAGACAUCAAGCCCCAGAACCUCCUGGUGGACCCAGACACAGCCGUCCUCAAGCUCUGUGACUUUGGCAGUGCAAAACAGCUGGUCCGGGGGGAGCCCAACGUCUCCUACAUCUGCUCGAGGUACUACCGGGCCCCCGAGCUCAUCUUCGGAGCCACCGACUACACCUCGUCCAUCGAUGUGUGGUCUGCUGGCUGCGUCCUUGCCGAACUCCUCCUCGGCCAGCCCAUCUUUCCUGGGGACAGUGGGGUGGACCAACUGGUAGAAAUUAUCAAGGUGUUGGGGACGCCGACGCGGGAACAAAUCCGGGAGAUGAACCCAAAUUACACCGAGUUCAAGUUCCCCCAGAUUAAAGCCCAUCCGUGGACAAAGGUCUUCAAGGCACGGACACCGCCAGAGGCCAUUGCACUGUGCUCCCACCUGCUGGAGUACACCCCUGCCACUAGGCUGUCCCCCCUGGAGGCCUGUGCUCACAGCUUCUUCGACGACCUCCGCAGUCCCGGGGCCCAGCUCCCCAACAGCCGGCAGCUGCCCCCCCUCUUCAACUUCAGCCCUGGUGAGCUCUCCAUCCAGCCGAGCCUCAAUAGUAUCCUCAUCCCUCCCCAUCUGAGGGCCCCGACUGCCUCUGUCUCCUGCCCAUCGUCGUCACACGUUUUAGGGGAGAGCCAGGAGCGGCCGGGACAGGAGCCUUCCACAUCUGUAGCCAACUCCUCUUGAAGGCCUCCAGGACACCCCCCACCUUCCGUCCCGGAAGCCCUGGGUCCUAGAGCCUGCCUUCUCCUCAUCCCUGGCUGGCUUCAGUUUUUAGAUGGGGGGCAAGGAAAGGGGAGAAGACAGCUGAGACCCAGGCCCCCCCUACCUCACAGAGGCAAGAGCCUGGGAGGGGAAGUGGAGGAGGGGGUCCCCCCUUUAGCCUCUGUUCCUCCCCUCCCCCUGCACUGAGCUGGCUGGCCGAGCUAGCUUUUUAACAGAGGAUUUUAACUAGGUGUUGGGGGUGGUGGCGAGAAAAGGAAGAGGCUUUCUUGGCUUGGCCUCAGGGGUUUGAGCACUACCCCCAACCCCUGCCUUGGUCCCUUCCCUGCCACCCUCCGUUUGUCCCUUGUAAAUAGGACCAGACCCUGCCUCAGGCCCCUCUUUCUUCCUGACCCCUGCCCUUCUCCUCCCUCACCCCCACCCCUGGGUGUAAAUAGAUUGUUAUAAUUUUUUUCUUAAAGAAAAUGUUGCAAUGAUUCGCGCCGCCCAUCUCCCCGUCCCCAGCUGUGUUCCCAUCUGCCCUCACCCCUGUCCCUCCAGCCUCCCUCCCCUUGCCCCCCAGCCCCCUGGGACAGGGAGGGAGGGGGGCUGGGGGAGUCCUGGUGUCUUAGUUCCCACAGUAGGGUUUGCCUGUGUACAGACCUUUCCGUUCAAUAAAUUAUUGGCAUGAGAA